UCGAAUGAAUUUCGAAUGAGUCGCGUUAACGAACCGUAGGAAAAACGCGCCGUACCCUUUGAUACACAUACACAUUGUGAUAGCUGAAAUAUAUACUAGAUCAGCGGCGGGGUGCAGUGAGGAAGUGAAAGCUAAAAUUUGAAAUAUGUGAACAGCAAUAAAGAGGCAGGCAUUAUUGUGCAAGUGCAUUACGGGCGAACAAAAAAAUAAAUCGAGUUACAUACAUGAAAAUUCCACUCCGAACAAAUACUUAAUUAUAAUCAAUAUUUUUUAUAUAAUUAUAUAAAAAUAUUUUAGUUUUUACUUAAAAAAAAUAGUAUUCUUCAUAACGCGCACGGUGCUUGAAAGUAUUAAGCACAUCUUUAUGUCACAUAACACACCAAAAAGAUUGUCGCUUCAUUGUGUAAAAAAUGUCACAACUCCGCCAUUACCUCAGUAUCAGCCUGCUGCUCUAUCUCACUAUGUCAGCAACGGCGCUUAAUUGUCCACAAAACUGUAAAUGUUUUUGGGUGCUCGACAGCCUCUGCGUGGAGUGUGCACACAAGGGCCUAACGGAGUAUCCCAACUUUGCGGAUUUACCCAUCGAUCAUCUCGAUUUGUCGGGCAAUAAUUUCGAUCAUUUUCCCUCACAAUUCGCCGACAUCGAAUCACUCGUCUACUUAGAUCUCUCAAACAAUAAUAUAAGCCAGCUGGAUGCUGAUGCGCUAAUAGGAUUUACAGCGCUACGUGUAUUACUGCUCAAAAAUAAUAGUUUUGACAGUUGGUUGGAUCUAACUCCACACGAAGCUUUUCGCAAUGCCAUUAGCUUGAAGCACCUCAGUUUAAGUGGCAAUAACUUAGAAAUCUUUACCGGUUUUAAGUUGGAACAAACGCUAAUCAGUGAAUCGCUGACCAAUUUGGAACUGGAGCAUUGCAGUAUUACGACAGUUGGCGGUGAUCAUCUCAUAAAUGGACUGCCUGCGCUGGAGCGUUUGGUGUUGUCGGGUAAUCCACUCAGCACCCUAAAUAAUAUACCAUCGAGCACCUUACGCGUGCUGGAGCUCAGCAACUGCAGUUUGCUACACAUACCGUUAUCGCUCAUCGAAGGUCUGCCAAAUCUGGAGACUUUAAACAUUUCGUGGAAUUUCGCUUUGGAAUUCAAGGAUGCGUUAAUAUCUGAAACACUCUUGGAGUUGGAUGCCUCCUACUGCAAUUUGGAUGCAAUAAAUUUGAGUGGCUUUCCAAGUUUAUCACGCGCCCAUCUGCGUGGAAAUAUGCUACGCAUUCUGGACCAGUAUACCUUCGCCAAUAACACUCAGUUACAGACGUUGGACUUGGCCCGUAACUCGCUGCGCAACAUACAACCGAAUGCAUUCGUUAAACUCGCACAUUUGACGACGCUCGACUUGUCCUUCAACGAAAUAGCGCGACUCGAUAAGAAUUUGUUCCGUUCCAACGAUGUGCUCGUUGCGGUCAACCUAAGUCGCAAUGUUAUGGAGAAGUUUACGAAACUUGUAUCGAAUUCACUGCGUGAAAUCAACUUAAGCGGUUGCGAAAUAAUUAUGAUCGAUGGCAAUGCCUUCACAGGCUUAUCGGUAAUACAGCGGCUCGACUUGUCCAAAACACUUAUCAAGGAGUUUCCAUCGAACAUGCACUCCGAAACGCUACAGCGCUUGGAUUUGAGCAACUGCAAACUAUCGAGCAUACGAAACUCAACAUUCGCCGGGUUUCCGGAAUUGGCUUGGUUGUAUUUGAAUGGCAAUCGUUUUACGAACCCAAUACCGGCUGAAUAUUUUCGCUCAAACCAUUAUCUGGAUGCUGUCUGGAUUAGCGAUAAUCCAUGGAUUUGCAACUGCCAUGAUCCAACCUUCAUCGACUUUUACGAUUUUCUGACUGCAGCUCCACAGAAGUUGAAGGAUCGCAAUAAUGUACGUUGUGCGUCACCCUCCUACCUCUACGGUAAGACAUGGGAAGGCGCUUGUGGUAAUGUCUGGAUACCGAAUGGACGCUCUUCCAAAGCGGAGCGAGCAUGGACUGUGAUAAUGUUGUGUUUGUUAGCGUUAGGUGUAGGAACACUCUUAUAUACCGGUUUCAAGAAAUUUGUGAAAAGCCGAAAGCAGCGACGCAAUCGGGAGGAGUAUCGACAAAAUCGUGAUGAAAUGAUGGAGAUCCGCGAACAAAAUCAACGUAUGCUUGAGGAGGCCGGCACGCCGAAUGCGCCACAUCCUUACGAGAACAAUUUGCCUUCCUACGAAGAUGCCAUACGCAUGCCGAAGCUGGAGCGUCCUGUAAAAUCCAUGGUGGAUCUGACCGAAUCGGGCCACACGCGUCGCAACAAGUUACGACGCUCACAAACCAAUCCCGAUGGCGAUAUCGAGGAUGCCGAUUUGAUGUUGGACGAUCGUCAGCGCUUCCGCAGCGAAGAAAUGCUGUCGAAUCGUGUGAAAGAGCGCACAGAAAAUAUAACACCUUUCGCACGCACCGGCUAUGUGGCGUAUAGCAAUUCACGCAGUCGCCGUUUGAGCGUUGAAGGUUCACGCUUCCCAGCGGCGCACUUGAAGUCACAGAAUCUGCAAAGCGCCGAGAAAAUAGCGAACUUCCAGGGCUAUGAGCAUAGUCCGUAUACAAAACGACGGCCUAAAGUGGCCGAAAUACCGCCCUUCAAACGUGCCACCAUGCGCACCGACAGCGUAGAGUUCCUCACGGAUCCCGAAUUUGAAGAUCAUAGCAAACCGGGCAGUCCAUUUGCGCGUCGCAAACCGAAAACACCAACAACACCUGCUGGAGCGGCAGCGACACUCGCCGACAGUCCAUUGGCGCCAGCGGUGGAGGAUUAUUUCGGUAGCGUAAGCAAACCGCGCGAUUCCAUGUCGGAUGACAGUGAUUUCCAGGUGGUAAUUGAUGCGGAGCAUUCCUCCAUAGCGGAAUUGCAUAAUACCUCAUCGAGCGGCGGAAAUUCAGCGACGAACUCUGCCGAACGCGGUAGACGCAAGAAGCGACUGAACUCGACGAAUAGACGUGCGAGCGGUAAUUUCACAGCCGCAGCAGCUGCAGCGGGCGAGACUUCAUCAACUUCAUCCGAUAGGGAUCCCAUUGUGGUAGUGCAUAAGCCGAUGCGUGAAACGCUUUUCUAGCUGAGGUACAAUAAGAGUUACUGGAGGACUACUGCUGAUGCACUUGAGGGGGGCUCCAUCACAUACAUAAAUACAUACAUUUAUUUAUACAACUGUGUGUGUGUCGCUGCGUUUAACAAAAAGUAUUUAACUUGUAAUAGUAUAAUGCAUAUGCAUAAUUAGCAGUAAUAUUGUUAGUCACUUGACACUUAGAAGAUUGUAUUUUUUUUUAAAUCCAUUACAAAAAGUAACAAUAAUGUAUUAAUUUAAAAGACGAUACUAUAAUAAAAUAAACUUAGUCAAUUUA